AUGGAAAGGACUUCUAUUGAAUCCCAGGCAGACGAAAACCAGAUUUUUCAAGAAGAAGUUUGGACUGACCACCAGCACAAUAUAAAUACCGAUCUCAAAUUGACGAAGUUUGCCAUUUCAUGGAAAAACACAUCGAAAUGCCAUGUUUACGAGGCUGCAAAAAUAAUCGGAGCAAAGCUUUCGCCGAAUGACCCCACUUCAACUUCAAUCAUGAUCUAUAAAAGUGUAUCAAGAAGGUUUAAAAUCUACCAUUUCUGGCUUUCUACAGCAGAUUCAGCUAAAAAUUGGACUGAGCAGAUCCGCACUUACUCAAACACCCAUCAAGAAAAUAGGCACAUUGCCAUAAUUCUGAAUCCCAUCAGUGGGACAAAGUCAAGCCGAUCAGUGUUCAGAAAUGAAUUUCAGCCAGCUCUAAACUACUCAGGAGUCAAUUACACUAUGUUCGAGACUGCUUAUCCUAAUUUUAUUGAAGACUGGGUUAAGUCUCAAGAUGUCAAACAAUAUACAGACAUCGUGUGUAUGGGAGGGGAUGGGACCAUGCACCUCUUGAUCACUGCGCUGAAUAAAUACCAUGAAGGUGUCAUGGACUCUAUUAGCUUCGGGAUGCUCCCAACUGGCACUAGAAAUGCUUUAUCGAUUGAAAUUGGCAGCAAAACGGCUACUCAAGGAAUCGCUAAUAUAAUUAAAAGAAGGACAUUUAAAGGAGACAUUAUUAAGGUUAUGAUAGAAAGCAACUGUGUGCUAGCAACAACUGCGGUUGCCUGGGGCAUAGUUAGCGAUUUGUGUGAAGAAGCCCAACAUUAUAGGUUUCUUGGGACUUUUAGAUACACGGCCGCUGGGAUUAAAAGAGUUUGGCAGUCUUGGAAAGUUUAUUCGUCAAUACUUCAUUAUGAAUCAAAAUCUGGCGAUCUUAUUACACAUGAUGACGAUUUUACUUAUGUUGUAAUUGGGAAUCACAGGAUUUUGAAUACAGCAAAUAAUGAGAUUAUGACACCAAAAGCAAGAAUUAAUGAUGGAAUGCUAGAUUUGCUUAUGGUAAGAUGUGGAGGCAAGUGGGAACUGUUGAGAGUUUUCCAGAAAACGAUGAAUUUUGGGUCUCAUCUGGACUCUGAAAAUGUCAGAUAUGUAAAAACGAAGCAAGUGAUGUUGGAGCCAAAGCAUACCCAAGUGUUCAAUGUAGAUGGAGAGAUGUACCACUCACCCACUAUUCAGAUUCAAAUACUGCCCAAAUCAAUUUCAUAUUUAGGCCAAACUGAUUAUUAA